GUGCUCACUUGUCGAUACCACAACCAAUCAAGCAACCAAACUCGUCGCCUCUCAUGGCGCUUGGACCCCCUUCAUCCUAUGUCGCGGCCUCAUCAUCGAGCUUUCGCAGCUUCGCCUCAUCGCUAGCAGAUGCGCGUCACCUCUCUUUCGCCGGCCGCCUCUCUUAUGACGCUCAAGAUGAUGGCAUACAGUCAAGCGGCAGCGUCCCAACAGCGUUGCGAUUCGCUCAGGUCUGCCUCGAGCAAGCGGAGAGGCAGCAGGGAGCAGAGGUAGGCGAAGCGGCUAUCAUGUCGUCACAAGCAGAUCCUUCCUCGUCAGCUUCAGGAUGGGACGAGAAUGGCGCGCCAGGGGAGGAGAGCCGUCAACGCUGGAUAUUGGAGGCGAGGACGUGGGAGUUGAUUCAUGCUCUUUGUGCCGAUCGAUAUCUGUUUCAUCCCGAGGCAGAAGACGAAGAGCCGCAAAGAGAUGUCGCUGGGUCGGACGGACCUGGAGGCGAAGGAUCGUCCUCAUCAUGGUAUCAGACGCCCUUUGAAAGGGUGCAGGACGUGCUGGAUGCAAACAGGGGAUUGAGGGAGCUCAAGAUCAUUCGCGACUGGCUCUCCACCCACCUGCCCGCCCAACACAUCGCCGAAGUGCGCAAAGGUUAUGCUCCCUUCAGCAAGAAUCGCCUGCGAGGAGAGAAGCGCACGCAGAUCACUUCCUUUAAGGUCGCCUCCAAAUCAUCAGCGACCAUCCGAGCAUUGGACCCAGAUGCCGAAUCGCGCGGCCUGGGCCGAUGGGAUCUCGAAGACGCCAACUACUCCAAGGCGCUGCAUCGCACCCUCUUUGAAUAUGCUCGUGCAGGUCAGCUAGCAGCGGCUUUCGAUCUGGCGAGGCAAGCUGACCAGCCUUGGCGCGCUGCCAGUCUCAGAGGGGCGAUGCUUUACUACCAGCAGACCCUUGAUGAAGAAGGGGACGAUGCCAUGGGGACCGGCCGGCUCGCUGGAGGAAACCGUAAUCGUCUGCUAUGGAAGGCAGUCUGCCGCCGCUUGGCUUCCGCGCACAGCAGUACUGGAAUGGACCCCUAUGAGCGUGCUCUUUAUGGGUCAUUGGCAGGACAUCUGCAGUCCGUCCUGGCUGUAUCGAGCAAAGACUCUUGGGAGGAGCAUCUUUGGGCUCAUGUCAACGCUGCAUUGGAGGGAAGGAUUGAGGCUGCGCUGGAGGGUACAUCCGCAGAGGAAGAGGAGACAGAUGGGGACAAGGUAACAGCAGGAGCUUGGUGGAGCCAAGAGAAUGGUGGAGAGGGAGCGAUCAAGGUUGUCGAGCUCAAGGGCGAGACUCCCGCAGCAACUACAUCCUCCUCAACACGCACUUCCUCUUCAGCGGAUGAAGUCCGCCACUCCCUUCGGGAAACAUUCGACCGGCUCAAGGGCACCUCAACCACCUCAUCCUCAUCAAUCACCUCGAGCGCCUCCCUACGCACCCAAUCCGACGACCCCUACCGAGUAGUCCAGCAAGCCCUCAUUCUCAACGAGGUCCCGCAGCUCCUCUCCCACGUCGAGGCUCGCCUGCCACAGAUGCGAGCCAGUGUCGAGCCUAAGCGCUAUGCCCACCUAGUCAGGUUCUUUGCCCACCUGGUGCUCUACUUGCGUCUCAUCGAUACGACUGGGGGUGAGGCACUGCCUCAGCAGGCUUGCAACGGCAUCCUCAGGUACUACGUUGAGGUGUUGGAGCACGUUGCCCAGGAUGCCCAAGAUGACGAGGAGCGCACCAACUCAGCAGGCGACCUAGUAGCCAUGUACGCUUCCUCGCUGGAACGCGAGUCCGCGGAGGCAUCGUACGCGCACUAUCUCAAGUCACUGAAUGAAUCCGCCACCCUGGAAGAAAAGCGAGCAGCCCUGCUCAGGGCGAAGGAGCAUCACCUUGACGUAGCAGCGGUGGCCCGCCUCGUGGUCGAGGAGAUCUUCGAAGAAGGCUGGUCGGGACUUCAAGCUCACGCCGCAGGCGCAAGAGGAGGCCAAGGGCUUCUUCUACCUGCCGGUCUUGAGAACGCAGCUGCUGCUCAUGUGACUCCGGUGGAGCGCUCCCUCAUCCUCUCCCUCGACUGGCUCAUCCUCCUUCCCGCAACGAAGCGAUACGACGCAGUCCUGCAAAGCAACGCUCUCAUGCGUGCUCUACUCUGUCGUGGACGUGUCGAGGCUGGGAGGGAGCUGUUGGGUAGGAUGCCGGAAGAUCUUCUUGCUGGUGAAGCGGACGGCCAAGAAGUACAGGACGAGGAGGAGAUGCUAGAGGAGCAAGAAGACGGUCAAGAAGCGCGAAGGCGUCCCCGCCUGCCAGAGAGCGCGCGCAUCGAACAUCUCCACUAUCUGGCCUUCUUCUCCUGCCUUGCCUCACAAUGGACGCUACUCGAAGUCCUGGCCCAGCAACAACAGCACACGCAGUCACGGGGUGGUGGUCGCGGCCCUUCAAGUAUGGAGCUCCAUGCUUGGCGCCAAGCUGUUCGAGGUUGCGUCGAGCGCUUAUGGCGCGAUACCACAGAGGAUGUAUUGAGGGGCGAUUGGCUCAAAAUUUCGCCGGAAGAGGACGAAGAUGACGAGGACGACGACGAAGAAGCACAGCACCGUCGUCACGUAGAACUCGCCACCAUUCGCCAACUGUACGUCUCCGAGGUGGUCGUCAGGCUGCACUUCCUCGUCCUCGACGCAUACAAGGCCCUCCUCUCCUCUGGAAGCGCUGCAGCUGGACAAGGGGCGGCAAUAAGUGCUGCGUCUCCGCUACUUGAGCUCAUCACGACGACCCUGCCUAUCUUGGUUGCCGAUGAGAGGUACAAGAUCUAUUUGGAGUUCGUAGCCGCGAGCAGUGGGGAGGGAGAGGAGCAGGGUGAGAAGACGGGCGGCAGUGGCAGGUUGAAGGAGUAUCUGCGACAUGUCAAGGAUGCGCACUUGUUGAGAUUGGAGGUGGGUGCGGUAGGGGGAGGGUUUAUGGCUAGAAGGGAGGGUGAGGGCAUGGUUGAGGAAGCGUAGGGCAGAAAUCCCUGCAGACAGUCUGCAAUUCAUCCCAAGCUAAAGCCGCCAUCGCACUCGCCUGACAAGCCAGCCUGGGAGAGAGCGAGGUAGCUGAUUAGCAUUGAUGUGACGUGGUGGUGGGGUGAAGAACGAUGAGACAAGGAAGAGAGAGUGUAAAGGAGGACGACAAAGGGAGCAAACAGCGCAGCGCGCUAGAAAAACGAGGGUGACCUGACUAUGCGUGUCUUUUCGAUCUUCACGGCAUCGAUGACCCAGGUCAAGUAGAAGGGGGGCAAUCUAGGAGGAGAGAGCGAGG